CUCGCGCUCGGCUCAUUCCGCCGCAAGCUCCCGUUGAGAGUGGACGUGUUAUUUUGCCUCUUCUGAGCAGCAAACUUUACACGUGUUCGUUCAUUAAAAACAUUCACGAUAUUUUCUUAAAAUUAUCGUGAAACAUUUUAAUAGACCGAGGCGAUAUCAACGUUAAGACCGUCAGCUCGAGUGCGUUACUAGCUGCUAUUCACUUCAUAAUUCGGAAGCGAUAGAGCCUAUAAAUCGUAUUCAAAGUGACAAUUUAAGUGGACAAGCGAAAUUUGGUUUAGUGUUUUAAUAUAAUAACUGUGAAAUUGUUGUUCUGGAUUUGAAAGACACGUUGAAAACGAGCACUUUUAGUUGAAGUGUGUAUAUUUCAGCACAAGACAACAUCUGUAAAGGAUAAUAAUAUUACCGCUGUGUGAUGCCCGAGUGACAAGUUCAAUAUGAUUCGUGAUCCGCCGGCCAUGCACAAGCCCGACAAUACCAACAGCCAACAAGAAGACAACAAGUAUGCGCUCAGCAGUGGAGUGGCUAACACAGGGGGCGCGAGACUUUGCGCUCAGUGUGGGAAGGUCAUCACUGAGCGAUUUCUACUGAAAGCCAUGGAGAGGUUUUGGCACGAAGACUGUCUUAAAUGCGGCUGUUGCGACUGCCGUCUAGGAGAAGUCGGCUCCAAAUUGUAUUACAAAGCUGAUCUUAUGCUUUGCAAGAGAGAUUAUCUCAGGUUAUUCGGUGCCACAGGCAACUGUGUGGCGUGCAAUAAAGUCAUUCCCGCCUUCGAAAUGGUAAUGCGAGCCAAAAGUUUCGUUUACCACUUAGAAUGCUUUGCUUGUCAACAGUGCAAUCACAGGUUCUGUGUGGGCGACAGAUUCUAUCUGUGUGACAACAAGAUACUUUGCGAAUAUGAUUACGAGGAGAGGCUGGUUUUUGCAAGUAUGGCAGCAAAUCCUAGCGGAUUAGCGCAUAUCAGGCGACAAGUUAGCGGAUUACAGUCACCGAGUAGUGCAUAUGUCGGUGGGGCAAGUGGAUGUGCGGGAGGACCGGUGGGCCCAUUAGGCGAUAAGGAUAAUGGAGGCUGCGCUGGAGCAGACGAUGCGUCCAGCGGGUACGGCAGCCCACCUGACCCCGACGUAUGCGAUGCCGCACGAUGACCGACAAUGACACGCCGACUAAUUGCCUCGGUGAAGCCUCACUGAGCCUCGAACGUGUUCAACGUCAUGAGGCAAUGUUGCAUCAAGUCAUUCAAGCAAGUCAUCACCAUUCAACGUCAUACAAUAACUUAGACUUACCUUCGUUUUACGUCCGUCUCUUCACAUCUCACACUGCAAAAUUAUUCUGCAUCGUUAUGUAUAAACUCUAUUAAUAAAAAAAAACAGUGCAGAUUCACGAAAAAGUGCAAUUUUAGAAAGUAAUAAUGUUUAAGCGAACAUAGUGACUUUAUUCAAAUCCUACUAAGUGCAGCUACAUCGAAGUGUCUCGAACAUUGUUAAAACUGCCGCGUGUAAAUGUACUUUACAUUAGGAUAGACGGUGGGACAUGCAUGAGGCCACUUUACAAAAUGUCCAGGAUGAGUCGCGAUAACGUCGUCAGAACACGAUAUUUCCAUUAUGUAUACGAUUUGAGUCUACAUGUUAAGAUAGCGUCGCGUGGGUAGAGCGCGAACUCUUGCCCCUACUCUACUGUACCAUACACAACGCGCUUAGCCUUUUUAGCGAUUGAGGUAACAAUAGUUAAAAACUUCGAAUUACGUACAUUCAUAAAAUAUUUGUAUAAUUUAGUUAAUUUCUAAGUUAAUAUAAUAUUGUGUAUAAAUUUUCAUACAACGAGUCAGGUCCAUAGUUGAAACUAAUUGAUAAAAUCGAUCUCAUUGUUAAAAAAAUGUGUACAUUAGCGUACAUAAUAUUGUUAUCAUACAAGGUAUGAACUUUGAUUGUGGUUAUUAUUUACAUUUUAUUUUUCAAUUUUUAAAUCGGGUAAGUGGGUAUGUUAAUGUUAUUUUGUACCAAAGAUAUCUUUCCGUUUGAAGUUUUAGUUUUUCGCAGAUGAUGCUACUUUAUAGAUUAAUAAUGAUAAUACCUUAUUCGGUACUCUAAAGCGGUGCAAUGGUUGAUAGUUAAGUACCUCUGUAUAAAUAAUAAUAUAUUAAGACAUUUUGUAAAUUGUAUUUUCUUACUUUGCCAUAGCUUCAGUGAAUGUUGAUCGCACAUACCGAUUGUACAUAAAAAACGUGGUGUUGAAUCGCUACGUUGUUUUAUAUUUAUGUAAAAGAAAAUUCUGAAUUUAGAAAUAUGCUUAAAAAUUUUAAAAUUAAAUAAACAUAUUGUAAUAUAAAAAUUUCUACGACUAAAAAGAUGUAUUUAUGUAAAAAUUUGAACUGUCGUUACUUAGAAUUAUCUGCUAGGUUAGUAUGUCUCGUCUCUCACGUUGUAUCAUAGAAACAACAAAUAAAAAUCUCAAACAUC